GGUACAGUCCACUGGUAAAAUUCCGAGAAUUGAGAACUGCGUCUUCUCAGAAGAGUUCUUCCAAGAACUGUCUUCGUUGGACACUUCCAAGAAAAACAUACCAGGCGAACAAUAUGUCGUGUGCAGCAGAUGGCUGCAUUAAAUUCACCCGCCAUGCUGGUGAUGUGCUGUUCAAUUUCAAUCGACUCCGCAGCAGAAACCUCCUGACUGAUGUCACCAUUAUGGUCGGUGGGCAGCAGUUCCGGGCACAUAAAACAGUUCUGAUGGCAUGCAGUGGCCUCUUUUACUCCAUGUUUGCAGACAAUCAUAAAAGCAACUUAAGCCUCAUAAGUUUAGAUCCAAAGGUGGACCCUGAUGGCUUUGCCAUACUGCUUGAGUUCAUGUAUACAUCUUGCCUGACUCUUAAAGAUAACUUCAUUAUAGCCACCCUCAACACAGCCACAUACUUACAGAUGGACCAUGUGAUGGACACAUGCCAGAGGUUCAUAGACUCCAGGGGCUUGUGCGUGAAGCAGACGAGGACAGAGAUGCUGGUUAAUCGUGGUUGUUUGUCUUCAGAAGCUCCCUUCAUUGAAGCCCUGAACCCGCAAUCCAGCGUUAACUUCAGCACUUACACAUCUCCUAACCUGCACUAUGCAGUCAGCACUUGCACUGAAAACCCCACUCGCUUCUACAGACAUCUCCCUCUCCCACUGAAGCCCUCCAAUCCCACAAACCCCCUCUGGCAGAUCCCCAAGACCACUGUAAUAGCCCAUCAGCAACACUCACUGCCAGAAAAUGGCACCUCGGCCAGAACAAUUACUAAUGCAGCUGUUGAAGACAGAGACAAGGAGAGGAACCGUCCAUCUGUGCUCUUUCGCUCGGCACGAGCUGAAGGAAACCGGAAGGCUCCGCUUCUGAGCUCAGAAGUCGAGAACAUCGAAGCAUGUCACACCGGUGGUCCUGAGAGCCCGCUUAGAUCAGACUGCCAACCCAACUCACCCGCAGAGUCCAGUGGCUGCAGUCGACGGCCAGCAUCUCCCCCGAGCUCCAUCACUUAUGCAAAAGUCCACAACUGGAAGAAGUACAAAUUUAUUGUGCUGAACUCCACUGAAAACAGCUCACUAACCCUGCCACACAUCGUUUCAGAAUCCACCAAUCAGAACGCUGAACACAAAGGACAAGAUGACAGAUCUACAGAUGAAUGUAUUAAAAAGGAGGAGCAUGGCUCUUCACUUCCCAACACUUUCACUGAGGAGAGCAGCAUGGAAUCCACAAAUUCAGCAGAGAGGGAGAGGGUCUACUGUAAUGACUGCGAAUCAGAAGCAGAGAAGCCACAGUGGCUGCAGGACGGAAAACCAUACAAGUGUGACCGCUGCCAGACUAUGUUCCACUAUAAAGGAAACCUAUUAUCUAGCCACAAGUCUGUCCACACAGGAGAGAAACCGUACCGCUGCAAUGUGUGUGGAGCUCAAUUCAACAGACCUGCCAAUCUGAAGACACACUCGCGCAUCCACUCGGGAGAAAAGCCUUACAAAUGCGAAACCUGCAGCUCUUGCUUUGUCCAGGUGGCUCAUCUGAGGGCUCACGUCCUGAUCCACACUGGAGAAAAGCCAUACCCAUGUGACAUCUGCGGCACACGCUUCCGCCACCUUCAAACGCUCAAGAGUCAUCUACGAAUACACACUGGAGAGAAACCUUAUCAUUGUGAAAACUGCGACCUGCGUUUCCGUCACAAGAGUCAGCUGCGUCUGCAUCUGCGGCAGAAACACGGGGCCAUCACCAACACCAAAGUCCAAUACAGCAGAACCAGACCGGAGCUGACCAGUCCAUAAGCUCCCGCGUGGACUCCUCAGAAUCAACACCCAUUUAUAAGGAAAGCUAUGCUAAAGGAGACAUCAAGCAAUACAGAUGCCCGCUCAGCUAUUUGCGAUGCCAAUCUUUGUGCUACUCAGAUGGUGAAGAUUAUUUCUCAGAUAUGAAGGACUACUGUAGUUCUCCAGCACGAUGUGGUUCUCGCUGCAUGUUGGUUUAUAAUAAUAUAAACACUGACCUUCAAACAUUGUAAAUCAAGUUCUUGUUGGUACAGACUGCUGUGUGAAUUUGAAUAAUGUUGUAUGUUUGUUAUUUAUUUUUUAUCACGAACAUGGUUUCGCUCCCUUUUAAAUCAUGUAUAAUAUACAAUGGGAAGACUGGUACAGAAAUGAUGCAGUUGCAGUAGGAAUGUUGAAUUAAAUCUCUGCAUUGGAAGCUGGCAAAUGUAUGUUUUAAGCUCUGUCUGAUAAUUAUACUGCAUUUACAUGUUUGUACAGUUGUUUUUGGUACUGGGGG